AUGUUCUAUACUGGUGCCCUUACAUAUCACCCAUCCUCAUUAAAACACGAAUUUAAAAUCCCAAAUCGUAUUGCAGAGAGAGAGUUUAUUGCAGAGGGGCUUAAGAUUUAUGACUGGAAAAAGGAGGAUUUAAUACCUGUACAGAAUUGUUUGCAGAUUUUGGAGGCAGAAUAUAACAUUGAACCUCUUUGCCAAUUUAUAGAGAAAGCUUUGCUUAAGCCAUUGAAGGACAAUAGUGUUAAACAUUCAAAUGAAGAGGCAUUGAAACAAGCUUUUAUGGAUACUUUAAUUCUCACUCUCCAUGCAGACAUUGAACCAGAAUUUCAGGUGUAUUCUCAGAGCUCAAGUUUUGGGGGGAAAGCAAUUGAUUUAGUGAAGACAAGUACCAGAAAAAUGAUGGCAAUCGAAUUUGAUAAUAUCAAGAUGGAGAAUGUUAAAUUGAACGGAGCUCAAGGUAGUUGGCAGGAAGCAACUGAUGUUUCACGAUCAUUGUUGGAAAAAUCAGAGGAUGAAAUUUUAAGCCUUAAAAUUAGUGAUAGAUACCGGCCAAAUCAAAAGACAGUUCAUGAAGCUUUGGAAUCGAAGAUUAAAAAGAAAAGCAAUGAAUAUUUAGAUCUGUUAAAAAGACAACACGAUGCAGAGUUGAGCUGUCUGUUUAUUGUGUUGAGAGUAGGCUUGCAUCGUCUAAUUAGCAGGAGGGUUUAUUGUGUUAAUGAAUAA